AUGAGUGGGGAGACUGCUGUCUACAUUCCCACUAGUGAGUCAGAUCCCUCUCCCAGUGCAUGUGUGGAGGACGUCUCGAAGCGGCAACGCAAGCAUUAUGCCCCAAUCUCAGAUUACAUCCCUCUCCUCGUGGGCGUUACCUCAUAUGAAUAUGAACGAUAUGACAGAAAUGUCAUCCUCGAGAAGGUCUAUUAUAAUAGGUUCAUGCUUGACCCGCUGGAGAUGGAUUUUUCACCCCCUGCUACUCCGGAGAACUGGACAUCUUACACGCACCCGGAAGGCGCCGCAUAUUUUCAAAGCACAACGUUGGCUACUUAUCCCAUCCUAACCGAUGUUUACGUCUACGAAGACGAGCCUCGUGCCAGAUUGGAGGAUUAUAUCCAAAAGAUCCUCAGGUAUGUUGGAGAACAUCAAGUGCAACUGCCUAAAGACGACAUCUGUCUCGUGCUCGAAUUCCGACAGAGCGGGAAUUGCGGUUACUACUUCGUUAACCACACCCGAAAGUGUCUCUUCUGGCUCGAUGAAUUUGAUGCUAUUGACUUUCUCUGGGCAGUGAGAGUGAGCUAUGAGCCAUCUCUUGUCGCCCAUGAAAUGAAGUCCCUGUACUGGUUGCACAAUGAAUACUUCCCUGAUCCACUUGUUCAUCCCAUGGACGAUGACGUGCUCACAGAACUCGAAGAUAUUCUGCACCACGCAAUUGGGGAUGCUUUAACGUCGUCGUCGCACACGAUGCCAUAUCCUAUCGAUGUACUUCAAAAGAUGUUGAACCUAACGAAGGAUGUCAAGCGACUGGACCCACAGGAACGGGGGUCUGGGUCGACCUCCAUGAUGUACCGAUUUUUGUACAACUUUCACCACGAAUACUUUCUCCAUCUUCGUGGGCAGAAGGCUUCGCGUCUGAAUAGAGAGCAACCGAUCCAUCCUGUACAGAAACAAACACUCCUUAUGACCAUUUUCUCGCCUCUAUUACUCUAUGGUCCCGAGAUUCAUCUGAAAACACUUCGGAAAACUGCCGUCGACUCCACGGUCCGGUCAGCUGACUGGAACGAGCUGCUCGGGCGCUUGACUGACGACUGGAAGGAGUUCAGUCUAUAUGCCACUGUGUUGCUAAACGCGAAUGUCGCUUUUUUAGCGAUUCAGAGCGUCGACGAGGCAGCUCCACCGGACGGGCGUUCACUGCCACAGAGAGCUAGUUACUUUUCAAUCGUGACCAGCAUCGGUUCAAUUAUGCUAGGCCUCCUACUCGUACGCUUGCACAAUACGACGUCGAAGCCUGGCACGUUCCUCGCGCAACGAACCGUCUCCUCCUGGGGCCUCGAGACUCUUGCUUUGAUGUACAGUCUGCCAUAUGCGCUACUCAUGUGGGGGACUGGCUCUUUCCUGGGAGCAUUCCUAAUCAUGGCGUUCGAUUCUCAUGACAAGCCCACCAUUGUUAUCUUGUCCGUUUGCUUGGUCACACUCGUCUUCCUCCUCUUGUGGUGCAUAUCAUCCUCUUUUGAAAAUGAGGAGUUCUGGUAUCCUUGGCCGUUCAGGAAAGUGAUGCACCGCUUCGACCACAGAUUUAGCAAACAGCGCGAAGGCCGACUGCGGCCCAGGAAAUCUCGGGAGAGUGUCAGCACUUGA